AUGUCUUUAGAUCACCACAACAAUGUUAGCGACCAGCCCACCGCCCAGAGUGAGCCAACGACGGCGGCCCGAAAUGCAAGGCCGAAUUCGAUGAAGCAACUGCUGAAACAAGGCAAAGUCGUCAGCGCCAUGUCUAUCCGGUACUCUCGAGGAGUUGAGAUCGUUGGAUUUGCGAAAGCUGCGGGGAUGCAAGGCGUGCUCGUCGAUCUUGAGCACAGCUCGAUCGAUCUGGAUCAGUGUAUGCAAUUCACUCUCGCCGCUUUGGCUCACGGCAUCACACCCGUGGUACGAGUUCCCUCGACAGCAUGCUCGUUUGUGGGGAGAGUGCUGGAUGGCGGGGCUCAAGCGGUCAUCAUCCCCCAUGUCCGCACCGCGCAGGAUGCUUUGGACGCCGCUCGUGCCGCAAAGUUCUUCCCUGCAGGUGACCGGUCUGCAAUUGGUGGCCUGGCAGCUCUGCAGUACGGCUCAUAUCCAACGAUCGAGGCGAAUAUGGCCGCCAACGAGCAGGUGAUGUGUAUCAUCAUGAUUGAAACCCUCGAGGCGUUGGAGAACCUAGACGAGAUCGCGGCAACUCCCAAUGUGGACGUUCUUCUCAUUGGGACGAACGAUAUGUCUGCCUGCUUGGGAGUUCCUGGAGAGCAUGAUGACCCGAGAAUUACGGAGAUUUACGAGCGUGUCAUUUCGGUCUGUCGCAAAAAUGGGAAAGCGCUAGGGAUCGGUGGCCUGUACGCCCGACAGGAUCUCAUCGACAAGUUUAUCCAUAUGUCAUCUGGGCUUGGGCAUUUUAUCAUGUGUGGAAGCGAUCAAGACUAUGUUUUGGAAGGUGCUAGACGCACUGCGGAAUGGCUGGGGACGUACGAUUCUUGA